ACAAAUGCACGAAAACAUUCUCCACCACUUUGUCUGAAUUAUUUAUCAACUCCAAAUGUAACAAUUGCUUCAGCUGUAUUGGCUUCAGCAGCUGUACCUGGUUUAAUUCAUCCAGUUCAUUUAAUUGAGAAAAUAGUGAAUAGACAUGGUCAAAUAAGUUAUCGUCCUUUACAUGGUGAACGAUUAAAAUUUCGAGAUGGAAGUUUUGAAAAUGAUAUACCGUUAAAUACCUUGUCAGAAGUAUUUGGAUGUAGUUAUUUUUUAGUCAGUCAGACAAAUCCACAUAUUAUUCCUUUCUUUUUUAAUGCUCGUGGACAAGGUGGCCUACCAUCAGGUUGGCGUUUACGCGGAGGAGCAUAUCGCGGAGGAUUUUUAUUAGCAGCCAUUGAAUUACUUUUGAAAGAAGAUAUGAAAAAAAAUUUACGAGUAUUGGGAAUGUUAGAUUUAUUACCUGCUGUUCUUGAACAAGAUUGGUCUUUCUUAUUUUUACAAGAAUUUCAAGGUCAGAUAACUAUGGUACCACACGCACGACUAAUUGACUAUUUUCGGUUGAUUAGUGAUAUUAAAGAUAUUAACGUGAUUUCACACUAUCUUCAAGAGGGAAAAUUGACGGCUUGGAGAAAGUUUAGCAUGAUUAAAAACAGGGAGAAAAUUAGAUUAACGUUAGAAGAUUGUAUACAAUUAUUAGAAAAUAAAAUAUAA